GGCAAACCACGCAACUGUCAUUUUCUUUUUCUUUACAAUAUUUAGGAAAACUCCAGGGUUAAACAGUGAAGUGUCAUGUAAAAGCAACCCCUAUGCACAAAUUGUGAAAUAAGAGACUGUAGCCUGUAAGGCCUAUUUACAUAAUCAAUGCAGGAAAUUUUCAGAUAGGUCACCUUAUUGAUCCUUUCUGGAAUUUAUUAAUCCAGUUAUACUUAAACGUUUAUUUUUGGAGGGGACUAAAUAUUUUGGAUGGAAUAUGAGACUUUGAAGACCUUGAUCGAAAUGGCAUUACUCCAUCUGCGCGUCCAUCUGUGCGUCAAGGCGCGCGGGGCGGAGCUGGGAGCGCACACACAGAGCGCGCCCGGGACUUGGCCAACCAGCGUUGUGUUGAUAUUGGCUGCUCCGUCCUUCCAGAGAAGCUGCGUUAAAUCCUAGUGAAGAGCUGCGAACAGAACAACAUCAAAACGCUCCAGUCCUCAUCAAAAAUGUUUUUCUACUAAUAAGAUCUAAAUCAGGACAUCCUUGAUUCUGGCGCGAUGUCUCACGCUCAAGUUGAGAUACCUGGACGUGGAUUUCCUGGCCUGUCUGUGGACAUGAACGACGACUGCUUCUCCCGAGUGCCGUCCGUCCUUAGGACGCACGGUCUCGGCGCGCGCAGAAACUCUUAUGGGCUGCAGAAAAUCAGCAUGGACAUGGAUUCGCCUCUUUACAGUGGCGCGCUCUCCAAAGCCUUGUCCUGGUCGGCCGAGAACAUCUCGACACUGACUGAGUCCAGAGCAGAGGAGGAGGAAAAGACCGACGACACUCCGCCGCCGUCCUCUCCUGCGUCCUGCUCCAACGCGCCCGCAGACAUCCUCAAACCGGACGCGGGAGCCCCCGGGGAGAACUGGGGGUUAGCUCCGAGAGCUCGAGGUGCCAGCUCGGACUCGGAAAAUGAACUGCAAAACAAAAAGAACAAGAUCUUGUCUCGCAUCCAGUUUAAUCAUCAGUUGGAGCUGGAUGAGAAAGAAGACGUGGAGACUAAAGCUGUGGCCACCUCUCCAGAAGGAAGAUACCUGAAGUUCAACAUAGAGAUUGGAAGAGGAUCGUUCAAGACUGUCUACAAAGGCCUGGACACUGAGACCACAGUGGAGGUAGCAUGGUGUGAGCUGCAGACGCGUAAAUUGACCAAAGCAGAGCGACAGCGUUUCAGUGAGGAAGUGGAGAUGCUGAAAGGCCUGCAGCAUCCAAAUAUUGUUCGCUUUCAUGACUCCUGGAAAUCAACUGUAAAGGGCCACAAGUGCAUCAUCCUGGUGACUGAGCUCAUGACCUCUGGCACACUCAAGACGUAUCUGAAAAGAUUCAAGGAGAUGAAGCUGAAACUGCUGCAGCGCUGGAGUCGACAGAUCCUCAAAGGCCUUCACUUCCUGCACACACGCACACCUCCAAUAAUUCACCGCGACCUGAAGUGUGACAACAUAUUCAUCACCGGCCCAACUGGCUCUGUUAAGAUCGGAGAUCUGGGGCUUGCCACUCUCAAAAGUGCCUCUUUUGCUAAAAGUGUCAUAGGAACACCAGAGUUUAUGGCCCCAGAGAUGUAUGAAGAGAAGUAUGACGAAGCAGUGGACGUCUACGCCUUGGGGAUGUGCAUCCUUGAAAUGGCCACCUCUGAGUACCCAUACUCUGAGUGCCAAAAUGCCGCUCAGAUCUACCGUAAAGUCACCAGUGGUAACAAACCAGACAGUUUCUACAAAGUCAUAGUUCCAGAACUUAAGGAGAUCAUCGAAGGAUGCAUACGUAUGAACAAAGAUGAAAGAUACACCAUCCAGGAUCUUUUGGAUCACCCCUUCUUCCAGGAGAACAAUGGGGUUCAUGUGGAGCUGGCAGAGGAGGAUGACUUGGUGAAGUCUGGACUGAAGCUGUGGCUGCGUAUUGACGACAUUAAAAAGCUUCACGGAAAGUAUAAGGACAACAACGCCAUUGAGUUCCUCUUUGAGCUCUACAAAGACGUGCCUGAGGAGGUGGCUCAGGAGAUGGUUGUGCUUGGCUUUGUGUGUGAGGCAGACUUCAAAAUCGUGGCCAAAGCCAUACGGGACAGAGUGACGGCCAUCAAGAGGCAGAGAGACAAAUUGAGGCGACAGACGGAAGAGGGGAAGAAGAAGCAAGCACAAGAGGCAAUAGAAGAGGAACCAGAACCACAGACUCCUUGCAGUAGAGGCGGUGAUGCCACCGGAACUAAGUCCCCCAGCUCAACUUUGUCACCUCUGGCCCCCAACAUGUCCCCCGUCACCAGUUCUGCAGACUCGGGCGUCUGCUCUAACUUCCCUGCAGAGCCAGAGGAGCCAGAGGCGGAUCAGCACUUUAAUGCUCGCCACAACAGCCUUUCUUCUGCUAACUCUGACUGUGAGACGGACGACGACCUGAGUUCCUCCUGUCUUCAGGAUCCAUUGGAGGCCGGCAGCUUUAACUCGCCGGGAACCCCUCCCACGGCGCACGCCGGUACCCCAGCUGUAAACGGUCACCCCAUCCCAGCCCUGCGCUUCCCCUCAAGUAUCGCAGUGUCCAGUAACACUGAACAUGGCAACUCAGGGCCCCAAAGUGGCUUCAGCUCCCCCGUGGACAGCUAUGCCUCCGAUGUGACUUCAGGCUUGAGUGACGGCUACGAGGGCCUGUCAGAGAAAAAUGAGAAAACAGCUGCAAGGCGAACAGCUGGGAAGCUGUUUCGGAAGAGGGCACGCUCCAGGCUUCGGAUCACAGGACUCUCUGACAAAGUAGACCGAGUGGUUGAGUGUCAGCUGCAGACCUACAAUGACAAGAUGGUGACCUUCAAGUUUGAUCUGGAUGGAGAUAAUCCAGAAGACAUGGCCGCCGUCAUGAUCCACAAUGAAUUCCUCCUGCCGUCUGAGAAGGAGGGCUUCAUCCACCGCAUGGGCGACAUCAUCAAACGUGCAGAGGCGCUAAUGUCCAAAGAGAAGCUGCCUCACAUCAGCGCUCACCGCCUUGCCCAGGCCGCCCUGCACGGUGGAGUGAACUCACUAUCGUCCUCGCAGCCUAAUUUACACAGUCACACGAUGCCUCGAACGCACUCUUCCUCUUCUCUUCCUGACUACAGUGUGGCCUGCUCCAGUGUAGGACUGCAUGACUCUCCCUCUUGCUCUAAUGGGGAAAUCUUCAGUGCAGACAUUACUUCACCUGGGCGACCUCUAUUGCGCUCACAGUCUUUCCAUAAUACUUCAGGUUCUCCUGUCCACCAUCAACGCCACCACCGUCCUACAUCUCUCCUGCCUCCUCACCAACACUACCACAUGCCCUACAUGGGCCACACUCACUUCCCAUUUCCAUAUCCUGGAUCUCCAGGUUCUCCCAAGCCAGCAGGGAUCCACCAUUCACUCACCCGGGUGGCCAGCAGCCCAACAUUCUCUUCUGUUCCAUCCCCAACACCCAGCUCCCCAAGCCCUCUGAAUGAAACCUCAAGCCCCACCAACGACAAUUUCUCCAUGUCCCCAAAUACCCCACAGCACCCCACCAUGUGGCCCCCACACACACAACCCUUGUUUUCCUUAGCAAAUGUUAUCUCCAUGGCUAUGAGCAUGGCUCAGUCCUUCAUCCCACCUGCAAACCUUCCCAACCAGGCUAUUCCUUCCUAUCCAGGGUUCGACCCCCACGUAACAGACCAUAUGGGCCCUCCCUCGGGAUACACCCACUUCUACCCACAACACUACCAAACUCCUCCAGCUGAGGUCCCCUAUGCACCAAUGGGCAUUUCAGCUCAGAACAUCCAUCACAGCUCAGAGGAUGGAGCUGGUUUUCACAGCAGUUAUUCGCAGUGGAUGCAUCCUGUCUCUCCACCUUCCAUGCAUUCUACCCCUCCACAGUCUACUUUGGAGCCUUUGGAGCAGAUCAGACUUUCUAGUGUUCCAAACCCGUCCCAGGAGAACAACUAUGCUCAACUAUGCUCCGCCCACAAACAACCCCAGCCUCAAAACCAAUCAGACAUGGGAAAACAAAACUCCUCAUCGGAUUUUUCCCCUUCACCCCCAUUGAGCCCACACAGAACUUCAUCACCCAUCACUGGUCAGUUACACCCGUCUGAACUUGAGAUGAACGGUAGUGGUCCAAAACUUCAUCAAACUUCUGAGGUCCAGCGGACACCUAUGAAAGUUGGACGAUUCCAGGUUACACCAAGCGUGGAUGUCUCUGAGCCAGACACACCAGUAGAUGCUGCACCCGGUGCACCACAUCCAGAAAAGACCCACAGCCUCCAGUCAGAGAGCAGCACAGAAGCCCAGGCAGAGUCUGCAGCCAACCUCCUUUCUUCCCUCAACACCUCACCGCCCCAACCACUCACAAUCAGAGGAUCCAAAGGCCUACUCCAGGAGAUAGACAACAAGACUGGGUGGACUGUGAGCCAGGAGCAGCAUCAGCAAGACAGAGAUGAGGAAGGGGAUGAGGAGGAGGAGGAAGAGGCAGAGCAGGAAGUUGUUGGAGAGCGAUUGAGGACGAGGAAGAGGAAUCGGCGACGGGCCUACAGCCUCAGCCUGAUGGGGACGUCUGCAGACAGCGGGCUGUCGGUAACUGCCGCAGAGAUGGACAGCCGGCUGUGGGAUGGGACAUCAGGGAGUCCACAGUACAACAACACCCUCCAUAAUCUAUGGAUGCCGACAUACAACCGCAACACCCCCUACAUCAGCAGCGAUGACUCAGACAGUGACAAUGAGGAAAUUAUGGAAGAGCUUCAAGAACUGAGAGAAAAGCAUCUAUCAGAGGUUCAGGCUCUGCAGGCGGCUCAGAAAAAAGAGAUUGAAGAGUUGUAUGAGCGGAUGGGCAGAGUUCCUCCGCCCGGCCUCGUCUCUCCUGCUGCCAUGUUGUCCAGUCGUCAGCGCCGCCUGUCCAAAGGGAAUGGAUUCCCUUCAUCCCGUAGGAACAGUCUGCAGCGUUUGGAAAUUAUGCCAUUGCAAGGUGUAAUUCGGAGGAACUCUCUGGGAGGCAGCAGCAGUGGCUCACAGGAGAAACACAGCAAAGGUGUCACCUUUGCUACCGAUAUAAGCAGAAUGUAAGACAUUUUCAUCCAGAGGUGUGGAAAUUUGGACUACCUCAUCAAGUGGUCAAACGCAUCCAGAAGAAUCCCCUUCACUAAGUAGCUACUUAUUGUCAGUACCGGUAGUUAUGGACAGGACCUUCAUUCGUCAUCGGCAAAGCUGCACAAACACCAAAAAAAAUCCAAGAAACCUCCAGCUUUCAGCCAAGCCUGCUGACGUCUUUGCAGAGCAGUAGGCCAUCUGGUUCACUUUAAAAAGUGACAUUCUUGCUCUGUUGUAAAUAAACUGUCAGAUGCACCACUUUAGAUUCAACAAGCUCGCCGUUGUGCUCUGCGGCUUGCAUGACAUGUCGCCUCGAAUGCGUGACAAGCCAUGGUCCAUAGUGCUGCUUAGAUAAGGCGGCGUCCAUGAAAUUGACCCAGAACAGACGCAGCGGAUGCUUUCCUGCAUGUAUGUCACAAAAGGUUUUGCACAAUCAAAAUAUUUGCAUUCAUGAAGUUAGCGACUGGCUUUUAGGGACCAAUAGGAACAGUUAUACCUUGAUUUAUUCAUAUGCGUCAAAAAAA